GCAGGAUCACCCUCCGUGUCCUGGUGAUCCUCGGUCACGUUGCCGUGGCGGGAGCCGCGGCGAUGGAGGCCCUCGCGGAGCGCGUGCGUCUCAUGGAGGGCGAGGUGACACGGCACCGCGAGGUGCCCGCGGAAAACGAGAAUCUGCGGCGGAGACUGGGCGCCGCGGAGCAGCGUCUGGCGAUGGGCGAGCAGCGCGCUGGAGAGCGCGACGGCGGCGCAGCCGCAGCAGCAACACCAAGUCCGAGCAGCGGACAGGUCGUGGACACGAGACUGCUGAACAAGCCGCGGACGUUCACGGGUUUGCAUUCGGAGUGGAAUAUAUGGUCGUUCGACUUCGAGGCCUACAUUUUCGCGGUCCACCCCCGACUGGGGGACUUGCUCAGCCAGGCGUCGAGAGCGGCGGAUGUGCUGACGGCGCAGACCGAGCUGGACGCCACACUCAACACACAGUUGCACUCCAUCCUGGUCUCGGUGACGUCGGAUGUGGCCAAGGUCGAGGUCAGGAAAGCCCCACGUGGAGACGGGCUCGCUGCGUGGUGGCACCGGCUUCGAGAGUUCGCGCCGAAGGAGGCGAACAGGUUUGCGGCCGUGCUCGGUCGGAUCAUCCGAUGCGAGUUCGCGGACCCCGAGAUGACGAACUUGGCGGAGUUUGAGCAGUUCGUCAGGGACUGCGCGGACCAGGGCGGCGAAAUGAUUUCGGAAAACAUGAGGCGGGGUGUGAUCAUGUCGGGCAUCAAGAACGAGAAGCUGGCGGACCACCUCAGCUUGAAUGCUUCGCGCUUGGUCACGUACGACGACCCGGAGACGGUCGAUGCAAUCUGCAAAGGCAAGGGCAAAUACGGCAAGGGCAAAGGCGAGGACGGCAAGGGAAAGAAAGGCGACUCCAAGGGGAAGAAGGGCGACUCCAAGGGCAAGGGCCGAGAGACCCGCAGUUGCCACUACUGCGGCGAGGCUGGCCACCUCGCAGCCGACUGCCGCAGGGGGAGGGCGGGCGAGAAGAGGGACAGGAAGGUCGCAUCGUUGACGGACGCGGCCCAGAUGCAGUUGCACCAGCAGCGGAGUCCACCUUCGACGAGCGCAACCGUUCACAUCGCGAACAUCCAGGUGGCGUGCGACGCUGACAUUCCGACGCCCGAGGAGUACUACUGGCAGAUCGGCGUGAUGUACGCCGCGACGCAGUGCGAUGCGCUGCCAGUGACGGUCGGCGACUCGGCGGUGUUCGAUUGGGCGCUCUUUGAUACGGGCUCAGGGCUCACCACCUGCCCGCGGGAGUUUGCGAGCGUGACCGAGAUGCUCCCGCCCAAGAAGCUGUCGCUUUGCGAGUCGGCGACUGGCGACGAGGUCAAGUCCAUGGGCGCGAGGAUUGUGGCAGCCGAGAGCGACGGAGUACCUCUCCAUGUCGAGUUCCCUGUCACGAGCGCGAAGCGCGCCAUCGUGAGCGCCGACGCCCUCACGGAGGGAGGUCAUGUCCCGAUCCUCGGCGAGGACCCCUACAUCCUGCUCGCGGGCGGCCGCGAGAUCAAGCUGUGCAGGGGCGGGGGGGCGUCCUGGCUCAGGAUCAGGAGGCCCGUCGAGAACGUCGCCGAGCCGAUCCUCGUCAACCCCGUGCAGCCGAACACUGAGGCGAUGGCCAGGAUCAACCGGACCAGGAAGGAGAUCGACGUGAGGGCGUUCGACGACAGCGAGAGGACGGAGUGCUACUGCGGGUUUCUGGAGAAGCCGCGGCGUCUAAGGCGAGAUGGAUCCCAGUGGUGCCAGAUCGAGCGGUUCGAGAUCACGGACCCCGGCCGCCUGAUCCCGCUGGUCUGCAUCGUCUGCUUGUUCCUCGGAGACAUCGAAGGCGACCCUUUUGCGGUGCUGAACAUCCUGGAGAACCAGUCGGGCGCGAUCGAGUGCGCGCAGAUGACCGUGAAGGGGCGAGAUCCCAAGAGCAAGGGGGCGAUCGAGGACGCCAUCAAGAUGGUCGAAGGCAUGUUCCGCGCACUGAGGGCAUCGACCGACUCGAGGUACAGCACCGCGCUCUCUUCGAAGCACUGGAUCAUGGGCUGGAUGGUUCGGCGUGCAGGAUGGCUCCUGUCAAGGUACCCAGUGAAGGAGGAUGGCCUCGCGCCCUGCCAGCGCCUGAAGGGCCGCGCGUACUGGGGGGCGGAGAUCCGCCGGGGCAAAGCCGUCUGGGUCGGGAAGGACAACCGCAUGGGCGAGCACCUCCUGGCGACCGCUGCUGGUCGGAAGACGGCGAGGACGAUCAACGGGCGAGUUGAGGGCCGGCUAUGGUCCAAGAGCCUGUGCAACAAGGAGGAGGAGAUCAGCCAGCUCGGCCUGCGCCCGCCGACGAGCAACCUGCGCCAGCAGCAUCGGCUCCAGCACCACCUGCUGUCCUACAUGGUCCAGAGGCAGAUCAAGCCGGGCGACCUCGCAGGCGAGCAGCAGGACGGAAUGGAGCUCGGGAUGAUCGAGAUGGACUGGAACCAGACCGUGGCGACGGAGAAGCCGAGGAGGAAGCAGAAGGUGAUCGUUGGCUUGUUUGUCAACGUGGCGACCGCAGUGCUGGCCCUGACGCGCGGCGCCAUUCCCUACGACAGCGAAAUGGCCACCAACAAGCACCGCCUCUUCGACAGGGAAUCGACCUACCAGAACGUGUUCGGGGCUAUGUCAGGCAGGGGGCUGGACCCUUCCUUGGUGAAGCAGAGCAGAGAUAAGGAGCGCAGGCAGAUGGAGGAGUUCCAGGUCUUCGACCGCGUGCCUAAGAACUUCGCGAAGGACAAGCGCGUCCGCGGGAAGUGGGUCGACGAUGAGCGCUGCGACGACGACGGCAGGGAGUCGGUCAGGUCGCGCUUCGUGGCCGCGCAGUUCGCCUGGGACGUACGGGGCGACGCUGUCGCAGGCGCGCCACCGCUGGCCGCGUUCAGUCUGGUGGUCUCCUUCGCAUCGAGCCUCUACUCCACGGGGAUCGGCUACGACGGCGUGCUCGCUCUCUACGACGUGUCGGUGGCGUUCUUCCACGCGUAUAUCGACGAGAACAUCUACGUGGUGCCGCCCGAGGGAGAGGAGCCCGAAGGCAUCGUGUACCAGCUGAAGAGUGCACACUACGGCACCAGGAGGGCCUCGUUCCUGUUUCAGAACCGGAUCAUGGAGGUCAUGGAGAAAUGUUUCGGCAGCAUACGCGGUCGCAAGCGUGUGGAGAUCCGGGUCAGCACCAUGCUCAGCAGGAAGAUCGGCGAGAGCAACGCCACCAAGCGCACGAUCACCCCGUCUUCCAAGACAACCGGGAAGGCCGUCGGCUACCUCGUGAGGGGCAUGGUGGCGCCGACUUGGCACCAUUGGCUACUGCUUCAACGCUUGGCCAGCUACCUGGAGCAGCGCCCGCAGUUCGAGCUCUUCUUCGAGUUUCAGAGGAUGCCGAAGGUUAUCGUGGCGGAGGUCGACAGCGACUGGGCAUCAGAGCCUGGUCGGAGGUCCGUGGACGGUGUCUGCCUGUUCAUCGGUUCGCGCCUGAUCGACGGCUGCGGCGGCCAGCAGGGCAGCCGCGCCCUGAGCAGAGCCGAGGCGGAGUUCGCGGGCAUCGUGAGCGGAUCGGCGAAGGGCAUCUGGCUCCGCAGCGCGAUGCUGGAGAUGCGCUUCGAGGUGACGCUGCAGGUCAACGCGGACAGCUCUGGGGCCAAGGGCAUCGCAUCGCGCCUCGGAUGCGGCGAGGUGCGCCACCUGGAGACGAAGUGCCUCUGGGUGCAGGAGAGGGUCAGGGAUCGGACCAUCGCGAUGGCGAAGACCCACGCGGAUGUCAACGGGGCCGACAUGCAGACAAAGCCGCUGGAGGGGCCGAGAUUCCUAAAGCUGCUGGCGUUCCUUCCACUUCGGACACCGUCCUCAGGGCGCGCGCAGGUGUUCGGAGUCAUGCUGGCGGCCGCCAUGAACGGGGCGGUGGUGGCGGUGAGCAGUUCGACCGUGGCGGAGCGGAUUUGGACGACGAUGUUCACAGUGAUGUUCGGCUCGACGUUGGCGAUCGCAUUUCUGGCGACGUGGAUCUUGUGCCGCAUAUACAAG